AUGAAAAAGGAGUUAUCGAAUCAGGAAACAUCUACGAAAUCCACCGCAUUUCGAAUAAAAUUUACAAACAGCCAAGCUCUCACUAUGCUAGUAAUACAAGUUGAUUUUGAUUCUACUGGAUUAUGCUGUGAUAACAAACUGGCAGGCGUUGAGUACUUGUUCAUCGCCAGUGCUCUGUGCGCUGCUGGAGCUUCUAGUGCCCAGCAAUACCUCGGGAGACAGCUAACCAAGACUGUUGAACAGUUGGCUUUAAGGCCGGGGGAUCCUGCGUCAUUCUGA